UCUCGAGCAUCCCUCACACCUGCAGUCAGUCAGUCAGACGUACACAUGGUGUCUGCUUCAGCACAGACGAAGAGCAGACCUUCAGCCAUGAGGUCCUUGUUGAAGGUUCUCGUGAUUCUUUUCCUCAUCCAAAAGGGAGAGGGCCACUGGCUACGACCGCUGAUGAGUAAGUGACAGCUAAUGCCUGCUUUCAUUUGCCUUAUGAGAUGUUUGACCGACUAUCUCUAUUCCCAGGUCCGAAACAGAAAUCGUCUGCAGACGAAGAUAGAAGAAGCAGAUCUUUAACAGUAGAGGACGAGCAAACGGAAACUUCUGGAGUCAGGUCGUCCUCUCUUCCCAUCAUUCGAACACGCCGCUCUUCCCCGGAUUCUCAGUGCGGCCUGAGGUCCACGCUGCUGCAGGUCCGAGACCUGGGCUUGGGCUACGACUCGGAUGAGACGGUCCUGUUUAAGUACUGCAGCGGGACGUGUCCCCACGCUCGCUCCAACCACGACCUCACGCUCAGAAACCUGCGGCUGAGCGGAGUGCUCCCCCGCCCAGCGCCCGGGGAGACGUGGCACAGCACCCCCUGCUGCCGGCCCACCCACCACGAGGACAUGGCCUUCCUGGAUAACUCCCACCGCUGGCACAAGGUGGAGAAGCUGUCGGCGGCUGCCUGUAGCUGCGUGGGCUGACCGUGACAAGGAGGAGGCAAAAGGCCAGAA